AAUUACAAAAGCAACAAAACAAACACAUACACACAUCAACAUAAACAGCCAAAAGAUGAGUUCUAAAGGAGAAGGCUCUAGUUCUACGGCGGAGAGGGAGGUGAAGAAGCAAGCAGCGAGUGUGAUUCCCGUUAAGAGGAAGCUGGUGAAGACUAUGGCCGCGAAAGCCAUUAUCUCUGCCCUCACUCCAUCCGGUUGUGGCCGGAACUCUGACUCUACCGGCGACGGCAAAGGUAACGGAGGGCGCGUGUACCCCGCUACUCAUCGUUGAUCGGAUAUUUUCUUGGGGUUGAAGAUAUAUAUGCCGUCGUGAUCGUAUUUGGGU